UGUCAUUGUUUUGUCGAAGUGUUGAAAAGUAUUUUUCUAUUUUUUCCGGUGAAAAUUAAGUUUGUUUUUUUUGUGGUGUUUGAAUAAAAGUGAUAUUAAAUGUGUUAGUGCUGGCAGGGAAAUUAUUGGUGGAUUAGAAAAAGAAAAUAUCUACGAAAGUGUAGUGAUACGGAGGGUAGAACAUGAAAGGGUGGUUUGAUGCCUUCCGGGAGGAUGGUGGUCCUACGCUAUACACAUUCAAUAAUCGUACUCCUGUCACGGGUGAUGUUACUACAAUCACAUUACUAGUCGUAUUUUGUACACUGUUAAUUGCGUUCCUCGUCAUAUUUCCUGGUAUUCGAAAAGAGAGAUUUACAACUUUUAUAUCGGUCGUUUUAAGUCUUUUCUGUGGCUGCGUUAUACUAGUGACACAGCAUGGUUCAUCGUGGCAUAUUGCUCAUACAACAAUGACAAGCACAUAUAGUGCAUUCUCACGUGAUAAAUUAUAUGCAGCAAUUGGUACAUAUGUUGGAUUAAAUCAUGUUAAUAUUACAUUAAAAGCAAUGCCAUCAAGUAAUUUAACAUCAUGGAGUGAUAUCGAUUUUAAUGAACGUUUUUUAUGGUCUGGUGCACAUCAAAUGGGUGAUUGUUAUCGUAAAGGAUUAGAACGUGGCUUACCAUUUCCAAUUUUAACUGUAGCUGAAUAUUUUAGUAUUGGACAAGAGGGUUUUGCAUGGGGACGACAAUAUCGUGCAGCUGGAUACUACACGUCAAUACUAUUAUGGACAUCAUUCACAGCAUGGCUAUUAAUGAAUUUAUUACUGAUUGUGGUGCCACGAUAUGGUGCCUAUAUGAUGGUUUUUACCGGUAUCUUAUUGCUGUGCACAGAUAUUGUUUAUAUACGUUUAAUACCAGAGAAUCCAUUGAUUAUCCGAUUUGAAGGUGGUGCAUUAGAAUUUAAAUUAGGAUGGUGUUUUUGGAUUGUACUAUGCGCAGGUUGCAUAUGUAUUUUUGAAGGGAUGAUUAUAUCUGCCGUAGAUUUAAUUUAUCCGAAUAGAUUUUCAACAAUUUUAGAAGUGGAUUACGAUACACCAUACGAUCGACAUAUUAUCAUUGAGGAGAGUCAUGAUAAACGUUAUAAGAAGAAAACGAGUAAUGCAAAAUUAGAGGAUCCACCUGGAGCAGGUUUUGGUUCCAGAAUAUUAAGGCGUUUAUCGUCGAAAACAAAAGAAGAAAAAUUAGCAGAACGACAUGGUUUAGAUAAUCAAGCAUUUGAAUUAGAUCCGCCAAAAUCACCAUGGCGAUAUCCAAUGCGACGGAUACAAGCAACAAAUAAUCGCCAUCAAAUGAUUCGAAUGGAUAGUCGUGAUUCAGCGAGUAGCUUAGCAAGUAGCAUGGGUUUAUCAUUUUUAAAUAGAGAGCGAGAAACUUUACCUCCAAUACCAGUUCAUAAAGAAUUGACUCGAACAUUAGGAAUUCAAACAUAAUGGAGUGCCUUAGAAUCAUUACAAUUUUGGACUGGAAAACAAAAAACUUUCGCAACUAUAAUACAAAAUUAUUUGAUUUCUUCAGUUCAACUAGUGAAUUUUUUUUAUUAUAAAUUAAAUAAUUUUUAGUUAACUUAAGAAGAGAAACCAUACUUAAAUUUACUCAAAAUAAAAAAAAUGAACAUUGAAUAAAAAUCAAACGAACAAAAAGAUUUUUCUGUAUUGUGGUAGAAUCUUGCCAAAUUAGUAUAGUUUAUUAUCUUCAAUUCUUAGGGCCGAAUACGGCCAUUACAAAACACAUCACAUCACAUGAUUUAUAUUUAAAAAUGUGCCUUAAUAUUUUAAAAUAACUUUUUAACAUUUUGUCCAAGUGCGUUUAUUUUUUAAUAUUUCACAGUAAUUUUGACCUUUCUAUAAAUUUUCUUAUUUUUGAAAGCCUUAUCAACUAGAUUUCUUCAAAUAAUUUGUUUAAAGAAAUAAUAAAUUUCUACAAACGAUUAAAAAAUAGCGCCAGUUGAUGACGUAUGAAUCAUUCAUUGCGUGAUAAACUGCCGCACACAUACAAGACACAUAAAUUCAAUCAUUUUCAAAUAUCAACUUCUUUCAAGAAACUUAUUUUUCAAGAAUAGGUCAAUUUAAUUAAAUCAUUUAGAUUCUUUGAAAAAACGCCAUAUACUCCAAUCAUCUUAGGGGUUCACCUCGGAAUCUAACGUAAUAAGCUGAAU